AUGAAUUUUGCAGUAUUUAGUGCAAUGUUUAAAGGAAAAUUCCAGGAUCAACCGCUACUGCAAGAAUUAGGAUUACCCGCUGACCUUUUCGGUUCUGAUCAAUUAUGUAAAAAUCAAAGAGUUCACUACCCUUCCAUGCUUUCUAAACUUACUAAACAUAUCGUAAGUAACUUAUCAGAUUGGAAGGAAUUUUUGUCGACUGAUCCUGCUGAAACUUGUGUCCCUGUAUGUUGGGAUAGUGGAUCACCUGCUUCUGUCGUACAAUUACGAAAGAUUUUGCUUGAACGCUUCGUUAUUGUCCUCUUGGUUGGACCAAGAUCUACGAAUUUAAUGAAUCAGAUCAAAGAUUUUGCAAUAUACACAAUUGAUACUUGGUUGGACUCUGUCGCUCAGGCAGAACUAAUAUUUUUCCUAAUUAAUUCCCUUGGGAAGCUGUGCUUAACAGCUUAUCUGCCUAUGAUCUUGAAUAUACAUACACUUGUCGAUGUUGAAGGCUCUGACAACUUGAUUACACCCGAAGGUAUUAAGUUAGAUCAUUUCAUGAACUGGAUGAAAAGUUUGUCCGAUGAUGAUGAAGUUGCAUAUACACAAGAAUCAAGUUCUGAAUCAUCAGCUCAAUUAGCCUGGAUGCGUGAUUUUUACAGUAGUGUUGAAAAUUGGAUGAAGUUGUUACCAGGAAAAUUAACUUCCAUGAAUCGUACUGAGACAGUAUCAAAAAAUCCAUUGUUCAGAUUUUUCGAUCGUGAAAUCAAAUAG